GGCUACUUAAGAUGCGCAGAAGUUCAGUACGUACCAAUACAUUAUUCUCAGCUGACUCUGGCUAUCUCAUAUUCACCAAAGGCUGGUCGGUUUCAAUGAGGAUGACUCUGGGGAUGCUAUUGGCAUUGGCUUUGAUGCCAAUGCUCUCACGAGCUCUGCACGUUGGUCAAGUAAGGCUAUUGGCAGCUCAACAUAACGUGACAAGUAUCCUAGUUUUUGGAGAUUCGAGUGUUGAUCCUGGAAAUAACAACAUUCUUCCAACGACCGUGAAGAGCAACUAUCCUCCUUAUGGGAAGGACUUCUUUGAUGGCCGCCCCACUGGAAGGUUUAGUAAUGGAAGACUUGCCACAGAUUUCAUUGCUGAGGCCAUUGGUUACACAAAAAUAGUUCCAGCUUUUCUUGAUCCGAAUUUAAAGCCAAAAGAUAUGCUACACGGUGUUAGUUUUGCAUCAGCUGCUUCUGGUUAUGAUGAUCUUACUGCUAACCUUUCGAAUGUAUUCUCUGUUUCCAAUCAGCUGGAGUAUUUCAUGCAUUAUCUAAUCCAUAUGAGAAAUUUUGUGGGUGAGAAGAAGGCAACUGAUAUUAUUAGAUAUGCUGUGUUUGUUUUGAGUAUGGGCACAAACGACUUUCUGCAGAACUAUUACUUGCAACCUAUUCGCUCCAAGCAAUUCAAAGUGGAAAAGUACCAGGAUUACUUGGUCUCUUGCAUGUCACGUGACAUUGAGUUAAUGCAUAGACUAGGGGCCACAAGGUUGGUGGUCGUUGGAGUCCCACCAUUGGGGUGUAUGCCACUUGUGAAGACAUUAAUGGAGAAGACAGGAUGCGUGGAAAGUUACAAUAAAGUAGCCUUCUCAUUCAAUUCCAAGAUACAGACAAAACUUUCAACCCUCAAGGCCAAAUUACGAAUGAAAAUUGCCUUUGUUGAUGCAUAUUCUAUCAUUGACAAUGCAGUUAACAACCCCACGUUAUACGAUAUAGACGAAACUUCAAAGGGGUGUUGCGGCACAGGAACUGUAGAAUAUGGCGAUUCAUGCAAGGGCUUAAGUACAUGCACUGAUCCAACAAAAUACGUAUUCUGGGAUGCUGUUCAUCCAACCCAGAAAAUGUAUAAGAUCAUUGCAAAUGAGGCUUUGAAAUCUCUCAGUGCAGAACUCUUAAGCUAAGGACAUAAAUUUUUUGUCUUUGGUUCUGAGUUUCUUAGAAAUAAUUAUGUAUGGCAUAUUGUACUUUUUUUUUUUUUUUGGAUUGAGAAAGGCAUAUUGGACUUGAUUGUACAAUCCGAAGUAUUCUAGAAUGAAAACUAAAUAAUUAAAUUUUUAUUUUUCAAAUGUUAUUACAUUGACUGGCCCAAUCCUGUUUUUUUAUUAUUUUUUAUGUAACACUAAAAAACCAUUU